AUGGUGGAGAAGGACGCAAACUUUGCGCAACCGGCGGUACCGAAAUUCGAUGGCCACUACGACCAUUGGGCGUUGCUGAUGGAGAAUUUACUUCGAUCAAAGGAGUAUUGGAGCUUAGUGGAAGAUGGAAUCCCAACCUUGCCAGCAAAUCCAACCCCUGAACAAACCAAGGUGCAUGAUGAUCGCAAGGUGAAGGACUUGAAGGCCAAGAGUUACCUGUUUCAAUCGAUUGAACGAAGCAUAUUGGAAACAAUUCUGUGCAAGAAUACGGCGAAAGAUAUCUGGGAUUCGAUGAAGCUGAAGUUUCAAGGUUCAACCAAGGUGAAACGCGCCCAAUUGCAAACCCUAAGACAUGAAUUUGAGAUUCUUGGCAUGAAGGAAGGGGAAUCUGUUAAUAACUACUUUUCCAGAACUCUGAGUAUUGUCAACAAGAUGCAGAUUCAAGGUGAGUCUGUACAAGAAAACCUUAUUGUUGAGAAGAUUCUGAGGUCCAUGACCGAAAAAUUCAACUAUGUGGUAUGUUCAAUCGAGGAAUCCAAUGAUGUGAGCACACUGACGGUGGAUUAG